UGACGUGUACGCGCCUCAGCGGCUCACAGGUGAGUUCAUUUAAAAGUUAAUGAGCUUCCCUCGCUGUCUGAAAGAAGAAAGCAGGUAACCUGGAGAGGAAAGUCACCGUCACCUGUCGGCUAGAAAAAAUACAUAAAUAAAUAAAACAAAACAAACAAUGAGUGAUUCAGAAGAACAGCAACAAGAGGCUGAAAAGUUGUCUCAGCCUCAGUGGCCCGAGAAUGGAGAGGAUUGGAGUGAUGGAGAGGAUGGGACCAAUAUGGACUGUGGGCUCCUGCAGGCCAUGGCUGAGGAGGAUGAGGAGAUCAACGUCUACAAUGAGGAGACGUUUGGCAUGGAUCUUGACACACACGGCACCACAGAGGACCCCAGCAGCGGCCUCCUUCAGUUCGGAGAGCCGCCUCUAUCACCACCAACACCACUCCCGCCACCGCCACCAGAUCCCAAACCACCGUCCCACCACAGCUCCCCAUCCCCUCCCAGGCACAAACCACAGUAUGUGCCUCGGGCUCUGCCGGGGCAGCGUGGCAGAGGUAGGGGACAGAGAGGAGGGCUGGGCAGGGGACAAAUGUUUGAAGACCCAGCUGUGAUGAGGAUAGUGCAGGGGCGACCAAGUCUGAAGGGUCUUGACAGCGCCAUAGUGGACUGUGGGAAUACCAUGAAUCGAAAUACCUUUGAAGAUGAUUAUAUGUCACCGUCUUCCAGAAAGACCAGAAGAAUCUCAGGAUCAAUACUUCAGGACAGUGCUAUAGUGUGUGUGAUUGAUGGUCACAGAGGUCAGCACCUGACCUCCAACUUCCUGGAUUUGCCAUAUCCUGUCUCUUCCUUCAGGGGCAGGAGAGGGGACUCCAGAGGAGCGUACCCCAGAAGACAGUUUGGCCACAGAGGCCCCUCUCAGAUGCAUGUACCCAUGAUGCCAGGAUCACCAGUCCUCUCACGUCAACCGUUAACCCCUCGGCAACAUUACAAUCAGACUGGGGGCUUCAUGUUUCCUCCGAAUCGGCCUUGCCCCUCCACUCCUCAGUCUCUGACUCCUAAGAUGAUGCAACUUCGCUUUGGUGCCAACUCACCAAGACCGUCCCCCUUUUACAGCCCCUCAUCUAAUUCAGUGCAACAUAUCAGGUACCCCGGCCCUGUCACCCAGCUCCACCCCCAACAUAAACGACUACUUACUCAAAAACAACGUAUAUACCAAAGAAAACCAGAGGGCUGGGAUCCUUACUGUAAUCUCAUGACCCCCAAAGAGAAGGAGUGGAUCACCAGGCUGCAGAUGAUUCAGCUGCAAAGUGAGCAUCCAUACCUUGAGGACUACUAUUACCAGGAGUACUAUAGGCGAAUAGAAGCUAAGAUGGCAGAGGAAGAACUGGGCAUCAGGGGCAAGAGGGAGCCACCAAAACUCACCACACCUUACAUCAUGAAAACUGACUCCUACACUCCAGUGGUGCACAUUGAAGGCUCGUUGGGUCAAGUUGCUGUGUCCACAUGUUACUCUCCACGUCGUGCCAUCAGUGCUGUUCAUGCGGUUCAAGCUCACGGUCCACUCGAGGAACAAAAAGACAUCAGACAGCAGCGGUUAGAGAUCCUCAGCAAAAUUGAAAAGUUGUUCAUAGUUCUGUUGGAGGUCGAGGAGACGGAGAGGAUGAAAACCACAGUCUUGUCUGAAGCAGAACAAAGAAGGUUGAUGGAGAAGACACAGAGGAAGGUGGAGCACAUCUACUCCCAGCUGCAACACCACAAUCCCCUAGAUUCAGGAGGGGAGUUUCUUCCUUUCAUGCUCGUCUCAAAAGGCAAAAGGCUAGUCGCCCGUCUGCUCCCAUUCCUUAAACACGAUACUGCACUGAAAAUCUUGAGAAUUGUGACUUCUAAUCUACCUACGCUAAUGAGCAGAGAUACCGAAGAGGCCCUUCCAGUGCUUUACCCACCUCUUCGAAAUGUGAUUGGAGGCCUGACGUUCAGCCAACUCAUCAGAGUCCUCAAAGAUCUGACUGCAGAGUCUCUGACGACAUACGAGUCGCUCACGCUGGCAUGUCAGAACAAGUUUGGACUGUCCUUACUAUAUGCUCUCCUGUCCCAAGGAGAGAAGCUGUUGUCCUCAGGUGUCCCUCUAGAGCCCAGCAUCGGUGACUUUGAGACCUGGACUGACAUAAUAUUCCAGGUGGCAGGGCAGCUGUCCCAGUGUUCGCUGGUGGAGCCGCUUCUCCUGCCCUCAAACCUGCUCACUCUCUUCUGCCGUUACCUGGACAAACGCACUGUGCAUCAGCUGAAAAGCAACAUGGAAUCUGCAACCGGAUUCUUGGCUCUUCCAUCUUAAGGUGGACAGAAGCUAAUGAGACGUUCAGCUAAUGACCAGGUUGUAAGGAGCACUAGAGUGAAAGAAGCAGAGCCCUGACAAAAAGUCCUCAGUGUUCAUUAUAACAGAAGCUAAAUAAUGUACUACUGUUCAAAAUGUUUUCUUAUUUUUCUCCCCUCUCCCUCAUCCCUUCACGUUUCUGCACGCUCAAACUGUUUCCCGUUUUUUUUAUUUCCUUUAUCUGAUCUUUUUACUUUCCUCUCUUUGGUCCCCAGUCGGUUACAUCAGUGCAAGUUAUUCUGAAAUCACAAACCUGAUGAGUUGUUUUUGUUUGUUUUAACUCUCAAAACAUGUUUCCAUAGUUUCCAAAUACAUUAACUAGCAGAUGGAGCUGAUUUACUAUCCAACCACUCCAACUCACGAAUGUCAGUUAACGCCAGUCACAUGUAGGACAAAAAAAACUUGAGGUACCACUUACUGAGAUAAUGUUUGAUCAGAUAUUGGUGACCAGUUUGAGGAUUGUAUAGUAACUUAUGAUUGUACAGCUGAACCUAUAUGUUCAUUGUUAUAAUAACCAUUAAGGAAGUUGUCAUGGCAUGGUCCAUCAACUUAAGCCAUGCAAUUUUGGGUUUUUUGUAAAAAAAGACAUGCAUUGUGUGUACACGUGUAGCGAUACUAAAUAUGAUGUAUUUGAUGUAAUUUUCCAUCUUAGAUGUUUCAGUUGUAAAGAGAUUUUUAUUUAUUGUAUUCAUUUGGAAACAGAAAUAAUUUAAUUGCACCCUUGUAUAGCACUUGCAACACAAAUAAAAAAAGUAUUGAAAAUGA